GGGCAGGCAGAGCGGAGGAGAGCAGCUGCCAGACCUGGGAGCAUGCAGGAGCCACCCCAGAGAAUGAUCAGGAAAGGAGAAAGCGUGAGCUCAUUCCAGAGAAGCCUAUAAAAGGAGCAGAGAGGGAGGGGGCCGGGGCUAGAGCCCUGGACAGCACCCACUGAGAGGGAGAGGGAGAUCAGGGCAGGGCAGGGCGGCCCAGGAGGCAGUGACUGAGCUGGGCGGAGGGGUCGGUGGGAAGGCCUGUGGUGUCAGGAGGAGGAUGAACGCAGAGCCAAGCUCUCUAGCCUGGGCCCCAAGGAGGCAGCUGGUGAAGCCGGCCGGUGCUUUCUGAGCAGUGCUGGGGGACUUGAGAGAGAAGGAGCAUCCAAGAACAUCCAGUGAGACUGAAUCAUGGAGCUCCGUGUGGGGAACAAAUACAGGUUGGGCCGAAAAAUUGGCAGUGGCUCCUUUGGGGACAUCUACUUGGGUGCCAACAUUGCUUCUGGGGAGGAGGUGGCCAUUAAGCUGGAAUGUGUAAAAACGAAGCACCCCCAGCUGCACAUCGAGAGCAAGUUCUACAAGAUGAUGCAGGGAGGAGUGGGGAUCCCCUCCAUCAAGUGGUGUGGCGCGGAGGGGGACUACAACGUCAUGGUGAUGGAGCUGCUGGGCCCCAGCCUGGAAGACCUCUUCAAUUUCUGCUCCCGCAAGUUCAGCCUCAAGACUGUCCUUCUCUUGGCUGACCAGAUGAUCAGCCGCAUUGAGUACAUCCACUCUAAGAAUUUCAUCCACCGAGAUGUGAAACCUGACAACUUUCUCAUGGGCCUGGGCAAGAAGGGAAACCUGGUUUAUAUCAUCGAUUUUGGCCUGGCCAAGAAAUACCGGGACGCUCGCACCCACCAGCACAUCCCCUACCGGGAAAACAAAAAUCUGACUGGCACCGCCCGCUAUGCUUCCAUCAACACCCACUUGGGCAUCGAGCAAAGCCGCCGUGAUGACCUGGAGAGUUUGGGUUACGUGCUCAUGUAUUUCAACCUGGGCUCCUUGCCCUGGCAGGGCCUCAAAGCAGCCACCAAGAGGCAGAAGUAUGAACGUAUUAGUGAGAAGAAGAUGUCCACACCCAUCGAGGUCCUUUGCAAAGGAUACCCCUCUGAAUUCUCCACAUACCUCAACUUCUGCCGCUCUCUCCGGUUUGAUGACAAGCCCGAUUACUCGUACCUGAGGCAGCUCUUCCGUAACCUCUUCCACCGCCAAGGCUUCUCCUACGACUAUGUCUUUGACUGGAACAUGCUCAAAUUCGGUGCGGCCCGGAACCCCGAGGAUAUGGACCGAGAGCGGCGGGAGCACGAGAGAGAGGAGAGGAUGGGCCAGUUGCGAGGAUCUGCUACGCGGGCCCUCCCCCCGGGACCCCCUGCUGGUGCCACUGCCAACCGCCUCCGCAACGUGGCCGAGCCCGUGGCUUCCAACCCAGCCUCCCGCAUCCAGCAAGCUGGAAAUACUUCUCCCAGAGCGAUCUCACGGGUAGACAGGGAGAGGAAGGUGAGCAUGAGGUUACACCGAGGGGCACCGGCCAACGUCUCCUCUUCCGACCUCACAGGACGCCAAGAGGUGUCUCGGAUUUCAGCAUCACAGACAAGCGUGCCAUUUGACCACCUCGGGAAGUGAGGGGAAGAUGCCACUGGACCAGUGUUUGCUUAGUGUCUUCACUGUAUUUUUCUUUUAAAAAAAUUUUUAAAAAGACUUAAAAAAAGAACAAAAAGAAAAUGAAAAAAAAUCCCACAAAACAGACAACAGGUUUUUGUUGCUGUCUGGGGUUUUUCUUUCUUUCUUUCUUUUCUUUUCUUUCUUUUUUUCUUUUUGCCAAUGGAGAAGAGACACGAAGCUCCCACUGCACCGACCUCUGGCCCUGGUGUCCGCCUUCCUCCCCAGUCUGCCUUCUGCCCUCUAGAUCCCACCAAGGGACCUUUGGGGACCGCCACCUGGAGCCAGGCCAAGCCCCUCCCCAUGCCUGCCUCCCCUGCACAGUGGGGGAGGGGGGCUCUCCCUCUCCUCCUGCUAGCCCAGGCUGGGGGUCUCCAGGGGUCAGGGCCCCUCUGCCCUCCCGCCCCACACUCCUGUUCUCUGUGUCAAUGUUGAUGUGAACAUCCUCCGAAUCUGAGGAGCCAGUCUCUGGAUGAAGAGGAAAGGGAAAGCCUGCUCAGGCCAGAAGCUGUCUGGAUUUCAUUUUGUUUUGUGAAAGUAAACUUGUGACUGCCUGUGGGGGCUUGGCUUUCUUGGCUAGCCGGGCCUCGAAGCCUCAGAAGAUGCCGGCUUUCAAGGGUCCCUUGUGGGGUCUCGGGGCUCAAGCUGGAUGCUUCCCUGACAUCCCUGACCCAGUUCUCUCCUUAGCACUGAUCCAGGGGUUGUCCCCGGGCCGAGCUGGGGGCCCCUGGAGCCUGGCAGGGAAGGGAAGGCAACUGUGACCCUGGAGCCUCAAGAGGAUUCCUAGGAAGCUGGGCUAGGGGGGUGGGGGUGGGGGGGGCAGUGAUGGACGGUGUGACUGUGGGUAUGUCCGAGAGUGUGCCUGUGUGUGUCUUUUGGAUUUGUGUAUUCUCCAGGAUGAGCAUUAAGGGCCUGGGAGGGUCCCUGCAGGAUGCUGUGGGACAACAGGCCCCUUCUUCCCCCCCCCCCAACCCCUUCACACUUCAGUUUGGCUAUCCCAGUUUUGAUGCCCAGAAGGCCUCCCUCCUGGGCUGCCCAGGAAAGGAAGGGAAGAACCCCAGACCCUCCUUGGAUCCAGUCCCGCAGCGGAAAGGAACAUCCCCUGCCCCCACCACCCUUGCUGGAGAAGAGCGGUCCUCCCGAGCCGGUAUCAGAGACAAAUGGGAAGAAAUUGGCUCUUGGGUUUCCAGUGAACCGUGGGGGCCCCACCCCUCCUUCUGUGACCUUCUGCUGCCCUGUUACCCCACACGUGGAGCCACCGGGGCCCCUAUGAGAUCCAUGAGAGGAUGAGAUGCCCAGGGGGAAAUGGAUUUUUUUUGUAAUGCUUUCUAUUUAACACGAGUUUUUUGUUUUUGUUUGGUUUUUGCUUUUGUUUUGGGCUAUUUUUUCCUAAUUUAUUUACCCCUCUUUCUCUGUCUUUUUUUUCUUUUUUUUAACUAAAGAGUAAAUCUUUUUAUUACUUUGUAAUUUAAAAAAAUGGAAAAAAAAUACUGAAGAACUUUGGGGGGAAUUUUGUACUUUUUUCCUGUGUAAAUAUUGGACUUUUUGGAGCUUUAUUGUGGUCGUUAAUUUGGAGUAAUAAAGUAGAAAAUAAUCAAGUGA